AUGGGCUUGAAGCCAUAUAUGGGCCUUCGAGGCAAUGCUCUCUUGAGGGCAGCGGUGCUCUUGGUCGUGGGACCAACUUUUACCUGUUAUGGUUACAAUAUGAGUGUAGCAGGCGGUCUGUUGACCCUACCUGCAUUCAACUCUGCAUUUCCUCGCAUGGACACCAUCAACACGACAGGGGAGACCAAGUCGAUGAACUCGACAAUUCAAGGAACUGUCAUUGCCCUGUACACCGUGGGAGGUAUCUUUGGUGCUCUAUCAUGCGUCUAUCUCGGUGAUCUUCUCGGCCGCAAGAAGGUCAUCUUCUGGACCAACUUUGUCACCAUCGUCGGCGCCAUUCUCAUGGCGACCUCGUUCGACUUUGCCCAAUUCAUCGUGGCCAGACUCAUCCUCGGCCUCGGAAUUGGUGGCUACGUCGCCACCGUCCCCGUCUGGCAAUCUGAAAUAUCCCCUGCUCACAAACGUGGCUCCAACGUCGUCACGGAUGGUAUCUUCGUCGGUGUCGGCGUCACACUGGCGCUGUGGAUCGACCUCGGUUUCUACUUCAUCAAGGGAAGUUCGGUCUCGUGGCGCUUCCCACUCGCUUUCCAGGUUGUCCUGUCGUUGACUGCGAUGAUCUUCAUCACCAUGCUUCCCGAGUCGCCUCGCUGGCUGAUUAAGACGGGUCGCAUCGACGACGCGAGGAUAGUUCUCGCGGCUUUGCAAGAGAUGGAACCGCACUCGUCCUCAAUCACGGAUACCAUUCAUGAGAUUCAGACUACGCUGGCCGUAUGUGGGAAUACUUCUUGGACGGCUAUGUUCACCAACGGCGAGCAACGUCUCUUCCAUCGUGCAUACCUCGCGGCUACAGGCCAAAUGUUCCAGCAGAUUUGCGGUGUGAACUUGAUCACCUACUACGCAACGACCAUUUUCGAGCAAUACCUCGGCACCGACGCCGUCAAAUCCCGCAUCCUCGCCGCAGCAAUGGGUCUCAUGCAACCCUUCGGCGGCUACCUCGCCUACUUCACCAUCGACCGACUCGGCCGCCGUCCCCUCAUGCUCUGGAGCGCCGGCGCAAUGUCCAUCUGUAUGGCCGUCCUCGCCGGCACCACCUCCCCCGCCGCCAAAUCCAGCACUGCCGCCCUCGUCAUCGCCGUCAUCGCCCUCUACUGCUUCCAAUUCAUCUUCACCGUCGGCUACUCGGGCCUCACCUUCCUCUACGCCGCCGAAAUGGCACCCUUGCAAGUCCGCGCCGCCGUCAGCGCAGUCUCCACGGCCACGGUCUGGACCUUCAAUUUCCUACUCGCAGAGGUUACCCCCGUGGGCUUCGCCACCAUCGCAAAUAACUACUACAUUGUCUUUGCGGUGGUGAACGCGCUGAUCGUCCCCGCGGUGUAUUUCUUCUUCCCCGAGACCAAGGGCCGGUCCCUGGAGGAGAUCGAUGAGAUUUUCGCCCAGUCCAAGAGUAUUUUCGAUCCGCCCAAGGUGGCGCGCAGAAUGCAGAAGACGUUGAGGGCUUCUCAGCCCGAAGGACCGGGACACAUGGACUCGGAAAGUGGUGGAGAGAAUAAUGAUUGUGUCAAGGCUGGUGUGAAGACCUAG